UUCAGAUCCAAGCAUUCGAACUUAGUUCAGCCUCCGAGCCAGUAUGAUUGCAUUGAUACUCUCCAUCGUUGCUUCUUGCGCACUAGCUGCUCCCUACUCUGGAGUUGGCAUCUAUGGCCCAUCUUACAGUGCUCCUGUUCUGCCUGUAGCCGCCCAUAACUAUGUACACCAACCAAAGGGCGUCCUGUCCCACACCGUUACCAACGUCCACAGCCCAACUGGAGCAGUAAAGCAGCAAACUGCUGUUGAGAAAGAUCAUCUCGGUGGCCAUACCAUUCGCCACAGCGCACAGGCGUCUAACGUUGAUCCUCACACUGGACAAACAGAUGUAAAGCACGAUGAACAUGAAUUCCAUAUCAAUCCUUACAUAGGACAGGCUGCUGUGCACACUAACAAUGCGGAAGGAUCACUCAAUCCAACUAUUGGUCAUGCUGCUUUCAGUCAAAAAACACAUGAAGCCAAAAUCGCUCCUGGACAUGCGUUUACAGCGCCCACCAGCAA